CACCCCCUGCCCAGGAGACAACCUGGCAGACCUUCUCCAAACAAAACUCUGAGACUGCAGCUCAGCUAGAGAGGAUGGACCUGGGAGGGGCUGCCCAUUUCCCAGGUCCCUUCCUGCACAGAGUCUGGCUUCAGCCCCACCCAACACUGAAGCCACCCUCCCAUUCAGUCUCCUUCCCUGUCUGUCCCUGUACUGCCACCCUCAACACAGGUGAGAAAGACCAGGCCUGGGAGAAUAAAGGACCUUGGGGAAUGGCAGGUUUUGGACUGGACUCCUGGGGUACAUUGGGGAAGGCUAGGAGGGACAGCAAGAAAGGAAAAAAGGCCGGGGUCCAGGCUAACCCCUUCUCCACUGGCCACACUGGCCCGGCGCGGCGAUGACCGUGACCUAUACAGCCCGAGUGGCGAAUGCUCGCUUCGGUGGCUUCUCGCAGCUGCUGCUGCUGUGGCGCGGAAGCAUCUACAAGCUCCUGUGGCGAGAGUUGCUGUGUUUCCUGGGGCUCUACAUGGCGCUGAGCGCCGCCUAUCGCUUCUUACUGGCAGAAGAGCAGAAACGCUACUUCGAGAAGCUUGUCAUGUACUGCGACCAGUACGCCAGCCUCAUCCCCGUCUCCUUCGUGCUUGGCUUCUACGUAACGCUGGUGGUGCAUCGCUGGUGGAACCAGUACCUGUGCAUGCCCCUGCCGGACGCACUCAUGUGCGUGGUGGUCGGUACGGUGCACGGGCGCGACGAUCGAGGCCGCCUCUACCGGCGCACGCUCAUGCGCUACGCAGGGCUCUCCGCGGUGCUGAUCCUUAGGUCCGUCAGCACAGCCGUCUUCAAGCGAUUCCCCACCAUAGACCACGUGGUGGAGGCUGGAUUUAUGACCCGCGAGGAGCGCAAGAAGUUCGAGAACUUAAACUCAUCCUACAACAAGUACUGGGUGCCCUGCGUGUGGUUCUCUAACCUGGCGGCGCAGGCACGGCGAGAGGGGCGCAUCCGUGACAACAGUGCCCUUAAGUUGCUGCUGGAGGAGCUGAAUGCGUUUCGGAGCAAAUGUGGGAUGCUGUUUCACUACGACUGGAUUAGCAUACCCCUCGUCUACACCCAGGUAGUGACCAUCGCAGUGUACAGCUACUUCCUCGCUUGCCUCAUCGGCCGUCAAUUCCUAGACCCUGCACAGGGCUACAAAGACCACACCUUGGACCUGUGCAUUCCCAUCUUCACCUUACUGCAGUUCUUCUUCUACGCUGGCUGGCUUAAGGUAGCAGAGCAGCUCAUCAACCCUUUUGGAGAGGACGACGACGACUUUGAGACCAACUUUCUUAUUGACCGCAACUUCCAGGUGUCGAUGCUAGCCGUGGACGAGAUGUAUGACGACUUGGCUAUGCUAGAAAAAGAUCUAUACUGGGAUGCGGCCGAGGCUCGCGCGCCCUACACUGCGGCCACCGCUUUCCUGCGGCAGCAGCCCUCCUUCCAGGGCUCCACCUUUGAUAUAACGCUGGCUAAGGAGGACAUGCAGUUCCAGCGGCAGGACGGCGUGGACGGCCCGCUGGGAGAGGCUCACGGGGACUUUCUGCAGCGCCUCCUGCCACUGGGUGCGGGCUCUAUGGGUCCACUGGGGCGGCGCCUGUCUCUGCUACGGCGUAAGAACAGUUGCGUGUCAGAGGCGUCCACUGCGGCCAGCUGCGGGUGUGCAGGCGCAGCGGAUAACACAGGGGUUGAGUGCGGUUGUGGAGAGCCAUUGCUUGACCCCAGCCUGCGGGAGCCCGAGCUCGAGCCCCCUGCAUGUCCUGAACCACCUGCCCCCAUCCCGGGGCCGACGGCUGAAUCGUUCACCACCGUACCCAUUCCAGGGCCCCGGGCUCCAGCGCCGCCAUGGCUGCCCAGCCCUAUUGGAGAGGAGGAAGAGAGUCCGGCCUGAGACCCUAGAACCUGGACCCUGAUGGACACCCAAUCCUGUACAGGGCAUGCUGACGACCACCAAAGUCUGCACAGGCUAGCUAGGCCUGCACAAAGUCGACCUGCCCAUUUUGAUCAGCUAUGUCUCCCAGUGGUGUUAGGGGUCCAUAUUCUCACAGCUGCUGUUGCUUUUUUUUUUUUUUUUAAUCUACUCCCAGCUUCUUUUAAGUGGCUUCACUUCCCAAACACCAGCACCUGACCAGCAACCUGGGUUGUUUCCUUCCAGUGGAACUCUGAGUGCCUAUCUCGUGAAUUUAUGAGGAUUAAAA